UUUCCCCAUCUAGACAAACUCAGUACAUUUCUGUUAUGAAAAGAUGUCCAUGGAGAACACUGACGCCACUAAGCCUGUUUCAUACACAAUGGAUCCACCUCCUAGCUAUAUCAACCAAGGAUUUGACCCAUACAGAGCAGGGGUGAUGGGGAUUCCCAAUGUCCCAGCUCCACAAAUCCAUACCACAGUGGUGAACAUCAUUCCCGAUGGAUUUCCCAUACGAGACCACUUGCCAUGGUCCAUUUUUAACACCAUAUACAUGAACUUCUGCUGCCUGGGGUUCUUUGCAGUUAUUUUGUCUGUCAAGUCCCGGGAUCGGAAGGUGAUUGGAGACAGGUCUGGAGCCAUGAGUUAUGCUUCUACUGCCCGUAAUCUCAACAUCGCCGCUACUAUGUUCACCCUCAUUACCAUUAUUGUUGCGUUAAUCAUGUUACUAUCUGCACCCCGGAACAGAGGCUUAUAGUGAGGAUGACGAGCGGCACUGGAUGUGUCCAUCCUCAUCAGUUGGAACAAAGUCAUCAUCCGGAGUUCUUGUUUCAACUUUAAUUUCCAAAAAUAAAUUACAGUUUCUGUAUUUACCAUUUGAAUUUUCCAUUUACCAUUAAAGUGGGUGUUGAUAGUA